ACACUACUACAGCGUCCGGUUAGGCAUUAAGAUGACUAGCAACCAAGAUAAGAAAUCGUUCGAGGUGAAUGAUGCCAUUGGCUUCAGCGACAGCGACAACAAUGUAGACGAAAAGAAAGGCACCCCGGCCGAUCGCGCCGACAUGUAUCGGUUGGGUAAAGUACAGGAUUUGAGGAGAAACUUUCGCUUCCUGUCAAUCUUUGGUUUCUCCAUGAUCCUUAUGUGUUCAUGGGAGUUCUCUCUCAGUGUAUCGACAAUUGGUCUCGUCAAUGGUGGUACAGCUGGCUUAGUCUGGAUGUUUUUCAUCUGCUGGAUUGGCUUCCUGCUUGUAAAUACAUCAAUGGCCGAAAUGGCUUCAAUGGCCCCAACGACCGGAGGACAAUACCACUGGGUUUCCGAAUUCGCACCACCGAAAUACCAAAAGCUUACCAGCUACCUCAUGGGAUGGAUGUGCGUCCUGGGCUGGCAAGUAGCAUGCGCUUCGUCAGCUUUCAUCGCCGGCACUCAGAUCCAAGGUCUGAUCAUCCUGAACAACCCUACCUACGUCCCUCACCCAUGGCACGGAACACUCCUUGCCAUCGCCGUGGCUGCUUUCACCGUCGUCUUCAAUACUCUCCUCGCUAGGAAGCUUCCCUUGAUCGAAUCGAUUGUUCUAGUCAUUCACAUCUUUGCCUUCUUCGGUAUCCUUGUUACUCUCUGGGUUCUAUCCCCAAGAGCCAAUGCGAAAGCGGUCUUUACAGAGUUCAACGAUGGAGGCGGUUGGGGAAGUCUCGGUGGCUCAGCACUUGUGGGUAUCCUCGCUGGUAUCUUGCCCCUACUCGGUGGCGACGCUGCUGUUCACAUGUCAGAGGAGCUUCGCGAUGCCAGCAGUACUCUUCCGAAAGCUAUGAUCUUGACAACCGCUGUUAAUGGUCUUUUCGGAUGGAUCAUGGUCAUUACAUACUGCUUUUGCAUCGGUGACUUGGGCGAAGUUAUAUCCUCGCCCACCGGGCAACCUUUCAUGCAAGUUUUUCUCAACUCUACACAGUCCGUCGCCAGCGCUACAACCAUGUCUACAUUCAUCAUCGCCAUGACAGUAUUUUCGAACUUGACAAUGGUGGCUACAGCAUCUCGACAGCUUUACGCCUUCGCCAGAGACCACGCUGUUCCAUUCGACACGUGGUUCUCUCACGUACCAACAGGAUAUGAUGUCCCUCUCAACGCAAUCUUCGUGACAUUCAUCACCUCAAGCCUGUUGUCUCUCUUGAACAUCGGAUCCUCUGUCGCACUCAACUCUAUCACCUCACUAGGAACAACAGGUGUUUUGUCCAGUUACAUCGUCUCAAUUGGCUGCAUGAUUUGGAGACGAUGCACCAAGAGUCCGCUACUUCCUUCCAAGUUCAACCUGGGUAGAUGGGGUCUAGCUAUCAACAUCGCUGCAGAGGGUUUUUUAGUGGUGGUCUUUGUACUCGCUUUCAUGCCUGGCAACCCAAACCCAACAGCAUCCGAGAUGAACUGGAGUAUCGUGAUGUAUAGUGGCGUUGCUCUUUUCUCUGUUGGUUACUACAUAUUCUGGGGGCGACACCGCUAUGAGGGCCCUGUGGCUUAUGUUCGCAAGCUUGAGCAGUGA